UCCGAUGUGAUUGGUUGAGUGGGCGGGACAUCCGGGUGCGUAGGCUGGACAUAAAGUGACAGACUUCACCUCCUUAAAAUUGGAAGAAAAGCAGAAGGACGACGCUUCACAAGUUUUAAAACAAUUGUAAUGAUUUUCAGACAUGGACGACAUAAACCUUCAUUAUCGGUUUCUGAACUGGAGGAGGCGAAUUCGAGAGAUUCGUGAGGUCCGAGCAGUGCGAUACCGGGAGCGGCUCAAAAGGAUGCUGAGAGACGGGGACGUACUCAGGUAUCAAGGGAAUUCCGAUGAAGUCGGGUGUUUUGUUGCAGCCCGCCCACUGUCCAGAAGAAAUCGAUACUUUGAAGUGACCAUCCUCGACACCGGAGUGAGGGGAAUGAUCGCUGUUGGUUUGGUACCUCAGCUCUACAAGCUGGACCAUCAGCCCGGCUGGCUACCGCACUCCGUGGCCUUUCAUGCUGAUGAUGGCAAGCUGUAUAAUGGUAACACUGUAGGACAACAGUUCGGUCCAAAAUGCUGCAGAGGUGACAGAAUUGGCUGUGGAGUUUCUCUGGACUCUGAUGAUGGACAGCUUACUGUGUUUUUUACCAAAAAUGGCAAAGAAGUUGGCAGUGUGGACAUCCCAGCAUCUCCUGAUGCGCUCUUCCCUGCUGUGGGAAUGCACACUUUGGGAGAGGAGGUGCUGCUGGACCUGAAUGCUGAAUGGGGGAUGGAGGAGGAUGAUGGACAGAUGAUUGUGGAUAGUCAUGAGGAGGACUGGGGCCGUCUCCAUGACAUUAAGGUGACAGGAUCGGUAAUGCUUGAAGUACGUGGCCAAGGAAAGAGCUUGUUGAGCGUGGUCUUGGCUAGAGCCCCCCGAUCUCUCAACACUUGUUUCAUUUACUAGGACUGGGAGCUCCCCGAUGUGGGAGAGAAGUGUUACUUGGCCUGGGAUGCCACCUUCUCAUUUGUCUCACAGGACUACCCCAAAAACAGGCAUCCAGGUUGGAGCAGAGGGUCCAUUGCCUAUCAUGCAGAUGAUGGAAAGUUGUUCCAGGGCAGCGGGGUCGGGGACGCGUUUGGACCGCGCUGCUUUGAAGGGGACAUCAUGGGCUGCGGGAUCAUGUUCCCACGUGACUACAGUCUCGAUGGUGGAGAUGACGCAGACGACUGGGACCUCGAUGUGAUGCCCAAACCCAGUGAGGUUCAGAAUGACCUGUACGCAAGCAAUGAAGAUGAGGAGGAUGAGGGAGAAGACUUUGAGGGGAGGAAGGUCACGGUCUUCUUCACCCGUAACGGAAAGGUUGUGGGCCGGAGGGAGGUGGCCUUACCUGCAGGAGGGCUGUACCCCACGAUUGGCAUGAUGAGCACUGGGGAGAAGGUCAGAGUGGACCUUCACCCCCUCAGUGGCUGAGCACAGCGGAGACACGAGUGAUUGAGUGAUAGAGCUCCGCUAUGUCUUUGGAGACUGGAUAGUAAAUAUUACCUCCAUAUCAACAAUCUCCAAGAUGUUACUUGAAAAGUCGGUGGCUGAGGCUCAUGUUGUAAGGAUGGUGAAAUGAAUCUAUGUUAAUACAACAUGCGUUCCUCAAAGAAGUGCUUUAUAAUGAAAUGGUUUUACAGAAAAGUGUUAAAUCAGAGUUGUUCUGUCGGUGACACGCUAUUUUUGAUAAUUUUGUCACACAGAGUAAUGGAUAAAAUCACAUGAAAUAUUUUUUCUAUAUUUGUCUCUCACCAGAAUUCUGAAUGUAAAUACCUAAUCAGAGCGGACCCCAGCUUACACACGGACCCUUUUAGUAAAUAUGUAGCGCCUCUCACAGCCUGCUGCUGCUCCUUACUUGAGGUCUGCUUUACGUCUCCUAUCGAUGGUGUUCUGCUGACACUCAGUGGUGAGAGUGGUGGUCUGAAGAGUAAUGCUCAGAAAACCUCCAAAAAAGAAGUAGGGCACUGAAUGUGUCGUCCUGUACGAGUAUGACUGUUUUUGGUGUGUGUGUGUGUGUGUGUGUGUGUGUGUGUGUGUGUGUGUGUGUGUGUGUGUGUGUGUGUGUGUGUGUCUUGAGAAUUAUGGGGACAUUAAGUAUAUCAACAACUUGUUGAGGUUAAACCUAAAGCAUUUAAUUGUUGUGUUGAAGUAAGAUGUUUUAAAAGGACGCUUCCAAAUUCUGUUGUUUUUCUUUUUUGUGACUUUGUCACAAAGUGUUUUUUAAAAACUUUUAUUCAGGUAUAAUUCUGACCAAAUUAUAGGCAAUGUACUGCCAUAAAACAUAUGCAGGUCUUAGUCACUCUUUUGCAGAAAGUCAUAGGACAUCAAAGAUUCUUUUUAUUGCUUUUUUUUCCUCCCCAUAUAGAGAUAAUUUAUACUAACUCUAUCGAUCUACAUUAAACAUGUUUCCUGAGCACUUUUUUGCCUAAUACUCACAAUUAGUGAUCUUUAUAUUGAAGUCAAUCUAAAUGUUGCCUUUGGAUUGAAACCUCAAAGAAUAAAAGGAUAAUUUGAAUUCAUGAUAAUCAAUCUAUUGGACAUUAAAAUGUCUCUAAAUUGAAAAUCCAUGAAGAGCAUGCAAAGAGUAUCUAAGCAUCUCAGGAAAAUACUACACACAACAUUAUAUUAGACAGUAUAGUAUAUUUCCCACUUCUUCAACAUUUCAAUAUCUCGUUAAUGAAGGCAUACUGUAACUAAUAUUUGCUGAUCUCAGGUGUAUUUGAAAAUCCAAAUUUGGUACAUUGUCUUUUCUAUGGUUAUUUUUUGAUUUUGUUGUAUGUUAAAUUCAACCAUCGAUUGGUAAAAACCCGUAAUGCAUUUUUAAAAAAUGUUUUUCUUUUUUUUUUUGGUCAUGAUGAAUCUUUGUUCAUUGCCAAUACUGUACAAGUAGUUUCUCCCUGACUCCAAUGUCAAUUGUAAUCUAUUUCUGGUAUUGUGACGCCAAAGCGUAGGAUUCUACAAAAAGUGUAGAAGUAAAGGAAAUGCUUCUGUUUUCUCUGCAGAUAUAUGUGAUAUUAGUUGUGAAUUACUCCGAAAAAAUAAAAGGCUGUUAAUUGUUACUUCCACUUUUUAUAUAAUGUUUAUUAGCAGUUUUAAUUUGAUGUUAACCUGACAAUAACUAAGAUGUACAAACUUAUCCAGGCUUUACAGCCAGCCUGCUGAUAGAAAUUGGACAUAAUGAACAAAGUGCCUGUGUGAAUGGGUACAAUCUGGAUCCACAUUCAAAUCUUCUUCUAUACCUCAUUCUAAAGGUGCAUCAUAUCUAUAAACUCUGCGGGUCAUUGAAUAGAUAUGAAAACACCUUAUUGGAUCCAUGCUGGACUUUUGAGUUUUGCUUGAAAAUACUAUUGAAUACGGAACAAUUCCAUCCAUUCAGGUGCCCCCUGGAUACCCCCAAAAAACAUAAGGCUGGUAUUUAUGUGAUACUGAACUGCUGCUAAUUGUGUGCCGAGGAAAGCACUCAUCAUAUCAACCUGUACUGUACACAGGGUGGACCCGUGUGUGUGUUUUUUUCACUUUCCACAGUGCAGUUUUAUGUUAAUGAUUGUAGUUCUCACGAGCUGCUCAUAGAGUCCUUCUACUGUUGGCUGUCUGCCACACUUUUAAUAUUUAGCCCUCCUGUAUCUUGAUUGUAAUUAAACAUGAAGGAAGUCUCUCAAUCCAGCCCUUGUUUAGGUCCUGUGUUUUUUUUUUCACAUUUCACUUUUCAAUCAAUCAGGUAAACAUGCCAAAAUUAUUUUUAAAAAUAAAGAAGAUUUACACCCUG